GUGGACUCUUCCUCAACACUCUCUCUCUCUUCCUUCUCUCUUCUACACACCACUCAUCAAAGUCUUUCGUCUUUCCUUUUUCGAAUUUCUCUCUUUUUAUUUUUUUUGUUUUCGUUUUUCUCUCUCUUAGGGUUUCGCUUUCGUCCGUACAGCUUCUAGGGUUUACUACUUGACAGUCGCUUGCUCUCUCGACAGUGUUGUCUUUGCAACUGAGAUUACCAUCGAUUUCAUUUCACGCCAUGGCGGCCGAGAAGCUUCGAGAUUUGAGCCAGCCGAUUGACGUCGCCUUGCUCGACGCCACGGUUGCGGCCUUCUACGGCACCGGAUCUAAGGAAGAAAGAACAGCUGCAGAUCAGAUCUUGCGGGACUUGCAAAACAAUCCUGACAUGUGGCUCCAAGUUGUGCACAUUCUACAGAAUACAAAAAACCUGAACACCAAGUUUUUUGCUUUGCAGGUUCUUGAAGGAGUUAUUAAAUAUAGAUGGAAUGCAUUGCCUGCUGAACAGCGUGAUGGAAUGAAGAAUUACAUUUCUGAAGUCAUUGUACAGCUUUCAAGUAAUGAGGGAUCUUUUCGAUUAGAACGGCUGUAUGUCAACAAACUAAAUAUCAUAUUGGUUCAGAUUUUGAAGCAUGAGUGGCCGGCUAGAUGGCGAAGCUUUAUCCCAGAUCUUGUUGCCGCUGCCAAAACCAGUGAAACAAUAUGUGAGAAUUGCAUGGCAAUAUUAAAGCUUCUAAGUGAAGAAGUAUUUGAUUUUUCAAGAGGGGAAAUGACUCAGCAGAAGAUCAAAGAGCUCAAACAAUCGUUGAACAGUGAGUUUCAGCUCAUUCAUGAGUUAUGCUUGUAUGUCUUAUCGGCAUCUCAGAGAACUGAGCUUAUACGAGCAACACUGUCCACUUUGCACGCAUUCCUUUCUUGGAUUCCCUUGGGCUAUAUUUUUGAAUCCCCAUUACUCGAAACACUCCUGAAAUUUUUUCCACUGCCAUCGUAUAGGAAUCUCACUCUACAGUGUUUAACAGAGAUUGCAGCCCUCAAUUUUGGUGACUUCUAUAAUGUGCAGUAUGUUAACAUGUAUAACGUAUUCAUGGUUCAGUUACAGACCAUUCUCCCGCCAACUACAAACAUCCCUGAGGCUUAUGCGCAUGGUUCUAGUGAGGAACAGGCAUUUAUCCAGAAUCUGGCACUCUUUUUUACGUCAUUUUACAAGUUUCAUAUCGAGUGCUGGAAUCCUCACAAGAAAAUAAAUGCAUUGCUUAUGGGUCUUGAAUAUCUAAUUAAUAUCUCAUAUGUGGAUGACACGGAGUUUUUAAGGUGGUCAUUCGUCAUUUGCCCCUGUUUGCUUGGACUAUGGAACUCUUUGGUUUUGGAGUUGUUUGAUGCCCAUAAUCUGGAUAAUCCUGCAGUAGCUGCAACAUUAUGGGCUUGCCGUUUUCUGUGUAUUGAAUCACCAGAUGCCUUUAAUUCCACCGUGGUUGAUGGUAUUGGAGCACAACUAAUGCAGCGAAGGCAGCUUUAUGCUGUUCCAAUGUCCAAAUUGAAUGUGAUGAUCUGUCGUAUGGCUAAGCCUGAAGAAGUCUUGAUAGUUGAAGAUGAAAUGGGACAUUUUCGUGAAAUGAAGGACAAUGAUGUUCUUGUUCAAUAUAAGAUUAUGAGGGAGACGUUAAUAUACUUGUCACACCUUGACCAUGAGGAUACUGAAAAGCAGAUGCUAAAAAAGUUAAGUAAACAAUUGAGUGGUGAAGAUUGGACAUACAAUCUAAACACUUUGUGUUGGGCGAUUGGAUCCAUAUCUGCCAUGAUGGAGGAGCAGGAAAAUAGAUUUCUAGUAAUGGUCAUUCACUUACUGAAUCUAUGUGAAAUGACGAAAGGGAAAAUAACAAAGCUGUUAUGCAAGUAUGUUGUUGGACAGUAUCCAAGAUUUUUGAGAGCGCAUUGGAAGUUCUUGAAAACUGUUGUGAAUAAGUUAUUUGAGUUCAUGCACGAAACACAUCCUGGAGUUCAGGAUAUGGCUUGUGACACAUUCUUGAAAAUUGUUCAGAAGUGCAAGCGGAAGUUUGUGAUUGUACAGGUUGGAGAAAAUGAGCCAUUUGUGUCUGAACUUCUAUCAGGCCUUGCAACAACUGUCGCAGAUCUUGAACCUCAUCAGAUCCACAUAUUUUAUGAAUCUGUUGGUCAUAUGAUUCAAGCAGAGUCUGAUACCCAGAAGAGGGAGGAAUACUUGCAGAGGUUGAUGGCUCUUCCAAACCAGAAAUGGGGUGAAAUCCUAGCACAGGCACACCAAAGCGUGGAUUUUUUGAAAGAUCAAGAUGUCAUCAGGACUGUGCUUAAUAUUUUACAGACAAAUACAAGUGUUGCCAGCUCUCUUGGAACGUUCUUCUUGUCGCAAAUUUCUGUCAUCUUUUUGGACAUGCUAAAUGUCUACAAAAUGUACAGCGAGCUUAUAUCAAGUAGCAUUGCCGAAGGAGGGCCUUUUGCAUCUAAGACAUCAUAUGUGAAGCUUCUGCGCUCUGUUAAGAGGGAGACUCUGAAACUCAUUGAGACAUUCUUGGACAAGGCUGAAGAUCAACCACAGAUUGGAAAACAGUUUGUGCCCCCAAUGAUGGAUCCUGUCCUUGGUGACUAUGCUAGGAAUUUACCUGAUGCUAGAGAGUCAGAAGUGUUAUCCCUCUUUGCGACAAUAAUAAACAAGUACAAGAGUGCAAUGAUAGAUGAUGUGCCUCGUAUAUUUGAAGCCAUUUUCCAGUGCACACUGGAGAUGAUAACCAAAAAUUUUGAAGAUUACCCGGAGCAUAGACUCAAGUUCUUUUCAUUGCUUCGUGCCAUUGCUACUCACUGUUUUCCUGCUUUGAUUCGGCUGUCAAGUCAGCAACUUAAGCUAGUAAUGGAUUCAAUCAUUUGGGCAUUUCGGCACACUGAACGGAAUAUUGCUGAAACUGGGUUAAAUCUUUUAUUGGAGAUGCUGAAGAACUUCCAGGCUUCUGAGUUCUGUAACCAAUUCUACCGGACAUAUUUUUUGACAAUCGAGCAAGAAAUAUUUGCUGUCUUGACAGACACAUUUCAUAAACCUGGGUUCAAGUUGCAUGUUCUAGUGCUGCAGCACUUGUUUUGCUUGGCUGAGAGUGGCUUGUUAACAGAGCCUUUGUGGGAUGUUGCCACAAUUUCUUAUCCGUAUCCGAAUAAUGCAAUGUUUGUUCGUGAGUAUACCAUAAAACUUUUGGGUACUUCAUUUCCCAACAUGACUGCAUCAGAGGUUACUCAAUUUGUGAAUGGAUUAUUUGAGUCAAGAAAUGACCUUUCCACAUUUAAGAAUCACAUACGAGACUUUCUUGUGCAGUCAAAAGAAUUUUCAGCUCAGGACAACAAAGAUUUGUAUGCAGAAGAAGCUGCCGCUCAACGGGAAAGAGAGCGACAACGAAUGCUUUCUAUUCCAGGGCUUAUUGCCCCCAACGAGAUACAAGAUGAAAUGGUGGACUCAUAGAUGGCUAACUUUGCCAUUGGAAAUUAAUUUCAUCAUUUUAAUUUUUUUUAAUCUGGGAGUUGCUCUAGGCAUCUUGAUUCAAUUACAAGAAUCAGGUGAUAUGAACACAGAUAGGAGCAUUUUUUCCCAUUCUUUUAUCAUCCCCAGAAUUUUCGGUCCCAUGGAAACCGGUGAAUCGUGAAGGCGCCAGUGCGCCAUUCUUUUGGUUGCUGUGGGCGUGGUGCUUCUGUGUCUUUAUUGGCUGGGUGUAGAGUAUUUUAGAAUGCUAAUGUAGGGUGUUAUACCGAGUCACUGUACGGGUUUUCCUGGAUCCAGCUUGAUAUAUUUGUACUCAGUCAUGAUGGUUGGAAAGCAGACUGUCUGUUUAGAUGACUCAUUUUGAAGUGUUGAUUCAAUCCAUUAGGUGUUAAUACUACACACUAACCUUGGCGAGUUUGUGCAGAAAAUUCCCUUAAUAUUUCAUAUUAAUAGAAUGCUCUGUGUUUUUGUGUUAUUC